AUGGGAAGCCGAUGCGAGGAAGUUUAUGUGGCUGUAGGAAAAGACCCGUUAGAAACCGUCUCUAUUCUACAAUGGGCUCUGCACUACAAACCAGCUGAGUCUCUGGUUUUACUUCAUGUUCAGCUUCCGAUUACCACCAUUCUAUCGCCGUUUGGGAAAAUUCCUGUUAACCAAGUAUGUAAGAGUGUGCUGGACGUGCAUGAGGAGGAUAAAAGGCAGAAGAUAAACGAUUUCAUGGAAAUUUACUUGCAGAUUUGCUCCGAAGCCAAGGUGCAAGCAAAGGCUUUGAUAGUUAAGAAGGCGGAUAUUUGCAGUGGAAUUGUCGAAAUGGUUGAAGAACUGGGUAUCAGAAAGCUUAUCAUGGGGACAUCGUCAGCAGGCGGUGCAAAAUCAAAGAAAUCGAAGAAUGAACGACCAGGCAAAGCGGGUUACGUCCUAACGCACGCGAGCAACUCAUGCGACAUAUUGGUCGUGUGUAAAGGAAAACUUCUUGUAGUGAGGGAAGGAUCUGUCGUGGAUAAUGCUUCAGAGGAUUUUGGUCGGUCAUUUUCAUUCCAGACAAAUUUCGAACCAGAUUUGGCCGCCUCCAUUGAAACAACGCUGAAAGUUGUGGGAGAUUUUAAGCCCGAUUUCCCCGAUGAAGUGAAGCAAUCAUGUUUUGAAGCAUCGUCGGAAAUAACGACCGCGAUCAGUGAACAUUCUUCUGAUAUACAACUGGCAGAAAGUCGACAGAUUUAUAGCGAUGAAACUCAACUAUCUCCGGAGGAGCUCACAGAUACUGAAACCCUGAAAUUUCUGCUCACGGAGGCGUUGGAAGUGGCGGAGAAUGCAAGGCGAGCAAUGCAAAGAGAGACUGUAAGGCGUAACAAUGCAGAGGCGGCUGCCAUUAAAACAGCAAUCUUGAAGCAAUCAUGUUUUUACUUUUUCUAUUGUACUAUUUUAGACGCAAUUGUUAGGGUCGGGGUGAAAAUGCUUGAAUUUUCGCGUAUUUAUCAGUUUACAACCAUUGAAGCUGCCUUAGAAGACGCGAUCUUGGUCUCAAAAAUGAAAGAAGAGUAUUGCCAAGAGUUAACGAGGCGGCUAAAAGAAGUGCAAGAGGAGCUUCAAGCAGUGGUUGACAACAGAAGAUCGUUGGCCACACAGGUUGCCAAAUUCACACAAGAACGUGACCAAGCUGUCCAGGAGCUCCACGCCGCAGAGCAGAAGCUCGCCGCGAUGGGGAUACAAAACAGUCGCAUUUUGAAACAGAAAGAGGAAGAAACUAAACAGCUUCAAGACUUGUUGCAUUCUAGAUCUCGCCUGGAAACUCCCUCUUCCUCUUCUACCGUGGAAUUCAGCAAAUAUUCGCCGGAGGACAUCACAGGCGCAAGCAGAAAUUUCUCCGACCAUUCGAAACCUGCAGGCGGCGGCUACGGAACCGUUUACAAAGCUCAAAUAGGAGAGGCAACGGUUUCCGUCAAAAUAGUCUGUGAGGACAGUUUGCAGAGCCCAGAGGAAUUCCAACGGGAGAUCGAUUUUUUAAGAGAAAUUCGUCAUCCGAAUUUAGUGACGGUAGUAGGAGCGUGUUUCGAGCAGGGAUGUAUACUUUAUGAAUAUAUGACCAAUGGAACCCUAGCAGAUCGUCUGAGAUGCAAAGACUCCACUCCGCCCCUCCCUUGGCACACUAGAAUUCGCAUUGCCGCAGAUGUUUGCUCCGGCUUACAAUACUUACACAGUGUAAUGCCAGAUCCAAUAAUCCACCGCGAUCUUAAGCCCGAAAGUAUUUUUCUCGACAAGAAUUAUGUAGGCAAAAUCAGUGACAUCCGUCUUGCUCGUCGUCAGCCACGAGAUGCACACAAAGAUUCGGAGAUAAAAGGUACAUUUUUGUACAUGGAUCCAGAAUACCUUAGAAGCGGUGAAUUCUCUACCAAAUCCGAUGUUUACAACCUGGGAAUGAUUUGUCUUCAGCUUCUCACAGGGAAACCAGCCUUAGGACUGGUAAAGGAGGUUGAAAGUGCGCUAGAAAAUUCAAAACUGGAUGAGGUUUUGGAUCCUUCAGCAGGUGAAUGGCCAUUCGCGCUGGCCACUCAACUGGCUUAUCUUGCUUUACAUUGCACGGAACCAGUGAGAAAUAAUAGACCAGACAUUCAGCCAAGUGUGAUGCAAAUGCUAGACAAGCUUCGAAAAUUUACUGUCGUUGCCCCUGAGAUCGGCAUAGCUGGCGACCCUGAAGAAGCACAAGUUCCGGGCUUCUUUCUCUGUCCAAUACUAAUGACUGUUAUGCGAGAUCCUCACAUUGCUGCAGAUGGGUUUACAUACGAGAGGGAGGCGAUCCAAGAGUGGUUUGAUCGUGGAAACCUCACAUCACCCAUGACAAAUAAAAAACUUAAGCAAAAGGAUCUGGUUGCUAACUAUUCUUUAAGAUCAGCCAUUCGACAGUGGCAAGAAAGAGGCAACCUCUUGUUUUGA